GCACUGAGAGAGUGAGAGAGAGAGAGAGAGAGAGAUGGUGGGGGAUUUUAUGGUGUGCGUCGACAGGAUCAUCGGUACGGCGGCGUGCUUCGAGCCAGAGAAUGGCAUCGUGUCGCCGGUAGGGGACGGCGGGUUGGUGGAGGAGGGUUGCUCGGUGAGCAGGAUGGCCAAUGCAGAUAAUAAUAAUAAUAAGAAGAAGAAGAAGAAGGAGAACAAGGGAGGUGAAAUGAUAGAGUGCAGGAUAUGCCAAGAGGAAGGGGAUGAGUGCGACAUGGAAGCCCCUUGCGCUUGUAAUGGAACCCUCAAGUUUGCCCACAGGAAAUGUAUCCAGAAAUGGUGCAACAAGAAAGGAAACAUCACUUGUGAAAUCUGCAACCAGGUUUUUGCCCCAAAUUAUGCUGCCCCAUAUAGACCCAGUCCUGAUGUAAUGGCUGUCGAUAUCAGGCAAAGUUGGGGUUCACGGUUUGAUCUUCAUGAUUCCCAUUUCCUUGCCAUUGCUGCUGCAGAGCAGGAGUUACUAAAUGCAGAAUAUGAAGAUUAUGCAGCCGCAAGUGCCCGUGGAGUUGCUUGUUGCCACACCGUUGCUCUAAUUUUGAUGGUGCUAUUGUUUGUUCGCCAAAUUCUUAGUGCUAUGAAGGAAGUUGGAAUGAUGCAGGACAUAUCAGCAUUAUUCAAUGUAACUCUCCAGUUUGCUGGCUUUCUCAUACCAUGUUAUGUGAUAGCACGUUCCUGCUACUUUAUACAAAGCCGUUGGAGGCGGCAGGUGUAGGAGUUCGAAUGAUGAGUUUCCGAAGAACAGAGAGCGUUCCCCGUUUCAUUGCCAAAUCACCUCUGAUAUUGGUGAGUUGUGCUAUGCAGGUGGAAAUGAAUGUGGGUUCUAUCUCCAUAAGAGUGCACUGUCUGUGUUAAGCUAUCGAACAAGUCCCGAUUUCAUGAAAAUUGUACAUAUGGAAGCUUCUUAUGUUGUGUGUGUCAUGUAUCAGCCCUGCAAUUAGAGUAGGAACAAGGCAGCCUGUGUUUGCUCUGCCAUUGUUGAAUGUGAUUAAUCCUUCAAAACAUUAAUGUGAAACCUUUAUCCAGUGUCCUGAACCAAUCUCAGAAUCAAAUGUUAAUAUAUUUCCUUGGUA